CACUGUAUUCCACUACAAACAGCCUUCUUCGCGCUCUUUUUUUGUGCAGCAGAAUCUGCUGAGUUCUUCUCUCCUUCUCUCGCUUUCUGUCUCUUUCUCUCUGUUUCUCUCGCUUUUUCUCGCUUUCUCUCUCUUACUCUUUUUUCUCACCGUUUUUCCUUCUCUCUUUCCCUCUCUCUCUGUUUCCCUAGCCGCCUCGCUGCGACUGUCUUCGUCUCUCCGGCUCUGCAUGCGACUGUUUCUUGGCUUCUGUCUCGGGUGUCGUGGCUUUUCCCUCGCUGCGUUUUUGCGACUCAUGCAGCCUUCCGUCUCCGUUGCUCUUUCGCUUUUCCAUCGAGUUCCUCGUUUUCCUCAGUUUCUGUUGCCCUCCUCCUGGCGUCUGUCUUCUCCGUUGUUUCUCUCGCAUCUGUUUCCUCUCUCUGCGCCUCGACGGCUCGGCCUCUGGCCGGAAGAGACUCCAGUGCUGAAACAGAAGCGAAGUCAAGAGGCAAGAUCUCCCCAAUAUACAGAACGAAAAGAUCGCAAUGGCGCUGAGAUACGCAGGAUCGCUCCCGAGCAGCGCACAGAAAACUUCAGGCUCUGCCUCUGGGGGUCUCGCGUCUCUGUCUUCAUUCCAGAGACGAACGAAGUUCCUUUAUGUCUCCUCUUCACUGGACGUUUCCUCGUUUUCUUCUCUGUUGUGGUUUCUGCCUUCUGUGCCUCACAGUUCCUCAUCUGACCUCGACAGGUCUAUGAGCAGGAACCGUUCCUCUUUCGAAAGGACCGCUUCGUCGUCUCGCUCGUCCUUGCCUCACGCUCUUCCUCCAUCCUCUUGGCGCGUUCUCCUCUCCCCUUCUGUCUCCUCUCCUCGCUCCUUGUCUGUGUUUCCGUCGUCCACUGUCUCUUCGCCUCCGUCUGUCUCGGCUUCCUCUGUCCGCUGUCCUUCUCUGUCGGAGUCUCUGUCGCCUUCCGUCGCGUCGUCGCGUUCCUCGCCAGCUGCCUCCCCUGCUUCUCCCGCCUCGCGAGUCUUCGCUGCUUCACCCGUUUUCUUCUUCUGUCGCCGGUUCGCCUCUCGGUCCACACGCAGACAGCGGGAGCGUCUGGAGGAGAAUCUGCUCUCGGAGUCUUUCAACGACCUCGUCGCGGAAGUCGAGAAAACAGAGGCUGCUGCUCCACUGACCAGAGCCACCCGAACACAAAACCUGUCUCCUUCAUCUCCUUCUUCCUCUUCUUCUCGUUCUUCGUCGUCUCGGGGAGAAUCGUCUUCCUUUUGGGAUGACCGCGCAGAGGGGUUUUCACAGGAGCUCAGUUUGCUGCAUCGCGGGAGAAGACGAGACCGCGUCGGCGAGAAGAUCUUGGACGGGUGUGAAGGCGACGAAGAGAGCGAAGGAAAAGCCGAGGGAGCAGGAGAAGACGAGGGAGUCGGGAACGUCGAAAAGGAGGUGCGACGCCGCCGCCGGCUGCUCCGCGCAGCGCAGGCAGAGCGAGGAGACGCAACUCGCGGGCAAAAAACGCGACACGCUGCGUCCUCGCUCGCGGCUCCUUCCGGUCUUGCGCCGGUUGAAUACGACGAGCAUGAGUCCGCGUCUCUCAGUGACCGAGACCUAGCCGCUGCAUGCGACUUUGUGGCGCCCCCUUCUGCCUCCUCGUCAGCUCCUCUCUCGUCUCUUUCUGCUGCGCCGUAUCGUCUGCUGACGCACGAAGAAGCGAAGGAAAUGCAGGAGGCCUACAGCGAGAGGUUGUUUGAGGAUCGACGCAGACGGUGGCUGAGGAUGUACGGACUGCCGAAUCCCGAGCGCGAAGCGCGGCUUCUUCUCCGCGAAAACGAAGAAAGAGAACGACUCCUCCAGGAGCAAGAGGAAGUCCCGGCCUUGGUCGGCGAGAGUGCCGGGUACAACGCGCGAAUCGAGAAGAUGGUUCGAGACACGAAGCGCGAUGAACUGGUGUCGCGAAUCCGCGCGAAAAUUCGCGAGGAAAAACUUGCAAACGCUAAACUCAUGAAAGCUCCCGCGCCCAAUGUGGCAGGACAUAUUGUUGACGCCAUCAAGUACCACGUUGCGAGGCGGACUGUGCGUCUCGGGAGAUUGAUUCAAGCGCAGCUGGAGGAAUUUCUCACCUGGAAUUCUCCCCACAUGCUCUACAGCGUCCUGGACGGUGCCGCAGUGUCUAUACACCACGUGGAGCAGCGCACAACGAAGUCUGUUUGCUACGUAUACUACACCCUGACUUCUUCGCAUGAUCCAGAGGACGUCCAGCGCCGACUCGAGAGAGCGGCGCCUCAGUUUCGCAUGCAGAUUGCGCGUCGGCUGCAGCUUGGCUAUACACCCGAGAUUCGGUUCCUGCCUCAGCCCGACGGCGAGCUCUUCAACAAACAUCGGCUUUUCAAGUUGACAAGUACACGCAGGAAAGCCGACAUGCAUGGGGGCCAGAGUUACGCGCAUGCACCUCUCAGGGAUGACGCCGGAGACCGCGAAAGCAACUUCCAGGUUCUGAAAGGCGGAUGGACGAAAGCCAUGCAUGGCUUUUAGAUACCUCACGCGAAAAAAUCGAAACGAAGACAGCCACGUGCAAAUAAAAGAGAACAUGGGCGGCUCUCCGAUACAGUCUUCUGUACAACAUAUAUAUAUAUAUAUAUAUAUAUAUAUAUAUAUAUAUGUGUGUGUGUAUGCAUGCAUAUACGUACUUUAUAAAUGUCGCUGUGGGGAAGGCUGUGCUUGUGUAUGCGUGCGUUGCGCGUUUUUUGAGGUUUGUCAGCGCAUAUGAUGGGGGUGAAUGCAUGUUGGCCUACACGAGAAGACAGAGUUACUCAGGUUAAAUGGAUACAUCGGCGGGCAGACGCUGGGUUAAUUUGUUGCUUUUUAAGAGCCAACAGGCAAGGAUUGAAACUGUGCCUUGAUGGACCCUUUCGCGGUCGAGCGUUUUGCACGCCACCGUGGCGGCGAGUGCAUGCGCUGUCGAACAAAUGCCGAACAAGCAAAGGUCACUCAUUUCCGUC